AUGGGUGUGAAGGAAGGGACAGUGCGGAAGAUGAUCGGCGACGGUCUUUCGGUGAAUCUACGCUCGAACGAGCAGGUGCUCGAGAUCACCGGCGACGGAUGCGACAUCUCCGUGUCGAGGAACCGGGGCAGCGUGAAGGUGGUGGGCGACGGUUGUCGUUUGAGGAUCGAUCAGAACAUGGGUGACGUGGAGUACACGGGCGACGGUGGCCAGGUGUUGCUUGGCCCGAAAUCAGUCAAGGACAAGGUGAAGUACCACGGCGACGGCGGUAGAAUCAGGUUCGACGUUCAGCUGAGGAUGAGCAGCCGGAAGUCGGGAGCAGCAGCCUGCUCGAAGCAACAGGAAGAGAAGAGGAAGGACGCUGCAGGCAAGCAGAGUGAAACGAAAAACGAUGAGAAGAGAAAGACAAAGAUCGUCACGACUCUCACGUACGACGAGAAAAUCGUGAAGAAGUGGUUCAACAGUCAGCGUUCACCCGCCACCGGCUUCAAAAACGUCGACGGCGCUUCCUUCGUGAAGAUCGUGCCCAAGCAGGCGAGAACCAAUGUCGAAAAGGAGAAAAACGAAUUCACGAAAUAA